AUGAUAGGGUUUGGAGGGAACAGUUGCAGUGAGCUUUCUGAGAUGGACAUGAUGAACAUGGAAACUAAUAGGAAGUUUCUUUCUCUGCCUCUCAGUAACAACUCUGGUGCUCAAAUGCGCAGUGAUAGAAGAGUACCUGUCGCUACCAACAGCAUCCCUCAGGAUCAUCACUACACCCACCACAACACCACCGACACUUGCAGUGUGAGGGAUAAAAUCAUGGCACAUCCACUUUUUCCUCGUCUAUUGUCGUCUUACCUCAAUUGCCUAAAGGUUGGAGCACCUCCUGAAGUGGUGGCUAGCUUGGAGGAGUCAUGUGCCAAAUGUGAAUCCAUCAAUGCAUCAGCAGGAAGGACUGGAAGUGGUUCAAUAGGUGAAGAUCCAGCACUGGAUCAGUUCAUGGAGGCCUACUGUGAGAUGCUCAUAAAGUAUGAGCAAGAGCUAACGAAACCCUUUAAAGAAGCCAUGCUUUUUUUCUCAAGAAUUGAAUGUCAGCUCAAAGCCCUAGCAGUUUCAUCAGAUUUUGGUCAAAGUGAAUCAUCAUCACAGAAUGAGGUUGAUGUGCUUGAAAACAACCUAGAUUCUCAAGCUGAAGACCGGGAACUGAAAGUGCAACUUCUGCGUAAGUAUAGUGGAUAUCUAGGGAGCCUGAAGAAGGAAUUUUUGAAGAAGAAAAAGAAUGGAAAGUUGCCAAAGGAAGCUCGGCAACAACUGCUUGACUGGUGGAACCGACAUUACAAGUGGCCCUACCCUUCGGAAUCCCAAAAGCAAGCACUGGCAGAAUCCACUGGCCUAGAUCUGAAACAGAUCAACAACUGGUUCAUCAAUCAGAGAAAACGUCAUUGGAAGCCUUCUGAGGAUAUGCAGUUUGCCGUGAUGGAUGCAACUAACUACUACAUGGAAAAUGUUAUGUGCAAGCCAUUUCCCAUGGAUGGCAUGCCCAUGCUUCUUUAA